CUUGCUGGUUAAGGUUUUCCGCUUUUCGCAUGUAUUGUGUCACUUACGAUCGCUUGAACCGUAUACUCCCCCCGGAUGUCGAUUCGUCGAGACGGUGAGACGUCGACGGAGCCCUUGCCGUGACCAUUCCGGCGCCCUAGUGGGCUGAUAUAAAUGUUUGGCCGUCGGGGAGGUAAAGGUUUGCCGCCUGGCAUCCCGUGUCUUUCUCCCUCCUCCGAGCUCUCCCCCUCUCGUCACCAGCCGUUCGUCAUGCAGUCCGUUCAAAAUCACCAAUAUUCUCACUAUAACUCAUACAGCUUGCUGGCUUAUAAUUACGGCUCGUUCAGCUCAGCGGCUCCGCAUGAUUAUCCUGCAGCUGCUGCUACGCCUGGCUACGGCUACUCUUACAACCGUCAGCAGCCAUCACAGACCCAGUUCCCUGGCCCUUCUACCUACCAGCGCACCGAUGGCUUUUCCGGCCUUCAGGCCCAAACGCCUUCGGCGAUGUACCAAAAUCCUCUCCUCUGCCAACCGCUGUGUGGUUCCCACCCCAACUCUUCCUCCAGCUACAGCUACACAACCAACGCGCAGCAGUCCUCACCUGCACAGCAGCCAUCUCACGCAGGCUACGACGGUUACAAUUAUGGCUAUGAUGCACCUGCAGCGUCGGUCGCUCCGGCCUGCCAGCCUACGCCUUCGUUGCAAUAUCUACCCGACGAGAAGGUGUACUCGAAAGAUUAUGCGAGUCCCAGCAUGUACGAUGACAGACUAGUCGACCGCUACGGCUCGGUACAGCCGGAGUUCUUCCUCACCCCCUGUGCGAUGCUGGCUGUCACAAACCCAGAGACCGCUGUCCCCAAUGGCUGGCCCUCCGCCCCUGGUGCAUCUGUUAUCGUCGGCGCGCCUGCCCCUUCGGGCUCUUUCCCCAGCUCUUCGGUGGCGGGAAACGGGAACCGCCUUAACGGGCAGCAUCAACACUCCACCGACGCAGCCCCGCAUCCGUUGGCGACGCUGAAGGCGGAGCCCGAGUCUUCACCUACUCCGAAGGCGGGGGCGCGACCUCGUCGUAAAUCCCCUCGAGACGCUCUGAAUCACCGCCCAGAGCCGCGGAUAAGCCAGCAAAAGGCGAUUCAGCGCGCUGCCGUCGCCGAAAUGGGCUUCGAGCCCAUCGACUGCAAUUCUAUCUCGUCGCAUGACAAGAAGCGGUAUUACCUCGUAUGCCUCGAAAACUACGUGUCGUUCCUGGACGACCAGAUGAGCCGCGUGGGCUCGCCGCCGCUCACGCUCGAGCGCGUCGACAAGUAUCCAAAAGGGCUGAGCAGCCGUUCCAUGCGGAAUAUGAACAAGAAGAUGUAUGAGACCUUGCGGGAUAAGGAGGCGAUGUAUACCGUAGAUGCCCGCAUAUGCACGCAGGCCGAAGUUUCGAUUAAGCUUCAGGGUAGUGCGCUCGGAUUGGCUCCAGUCGUGGAAUUCAUGGAGUCCGAGAGCUCCGAGCCAGUGACGCACAAGGAAUUCCAAGGCGACGAUGUGGGAUGGACACGCUUCCGCGAAGCUUGCGUGGAGGUCAAGAUCUUGCAUCUCGGGCACUUGUCGAAUGUUUCUCGAGGAAAGGCUGUGAGGCCACUUCUGGGAAUUGGGAAGCUCGAAUGUGGUAAUUGGGAUUUUUCAAUGAUCGGGGAGCCAACCGGAUGGUUUGAGAGAAGGGUAUAUACCCCGGGAACCGCGGGUGUAGCGCUGGCGUCUGAGUUUGCUUCGACUUCGAUCGACGCUGCGUAG